AUGGUCAGCGGCCCGGUCGGUGAGAACACCAGAGUCUACAUCGCCGCUGCCAACACUGCCGGCAUCUCCGGUGGCAAGGACAUUCCUGCUGUCUGCACAAACUGGGGAAUCUACCAGUAUGUGGACAUUCUGUUCGAUCCCAUCAACCCCAAAUUUGUCGCCAGCAAGGUCUCGCGCUACUCUGAAGCCCUCAACAUGACCCUGCAGACCCUCACUCCAGGCGCCGGUGGUGACAAAUGUUCUGACCCCUGGGAUAGACUCAACAAGGCCAAGAGUAGGGCUCGCUGUAAGGUUCUUUUCGUGCUGAGUCGGUGA